AUGCGGGUUCGGGUUCUGAGGUCCCGGAAGCCGGAAGUGGGAGACAGGAAGUGCCUGAGGGGCCCUGAGUCUCCCGGAUUCAGCCUUGCUGGCCGCCAUGUUGGAUCCCGGGAGGCGCCAUUUUGCGAGGAAGGAAAGCGAAGACCCCGGAUGUCGGAUCACCGGGUCUGGAUCCUCUGGGCCUGGAAGGCCCCUCAGCACGAGAUCCUUGAGGAGGAGAAGGGGUUAAACCUUCCAUCCCGUUUGUCCCGGGACCUCCGCUGCUCGCAUCCCACCCUGGAAUGUUCCUCGGAGCUACAAAGCCCGGCCGGCUGCCAAUAUCAGCGCGUCGCCAAGAAACUAGAACGACAGAGCGGAGAGAGAACGAGGGAAGAGAAGCAGCCGGCCUCCGCCACCCCCAGCAGCAUCCCCCACUUUUCCCCUGAGCAGAAGCCGGGAGGCCGGUUCUCUUCUGGCUCUUCCACAGCCUUACCUGGCCCACGUUCUAGCACCAUGGAUCCUGGAAGCGGGGAUAAAGACAGAAGCUCGGCAGAUAAAUGGAGCCUCUUUGGACCAAGAUCCUUCCAGAAGUCUGAUUCGGAAGGCUUUGCCACCCAGCCCUACGGAGGAGCCCAGAAGCCUUCUCCAAUGGAACUGAUGCGCAUGCUGGCCACCAGAAAGGCCGAAGGUCCAGCCACCUUCAAGCCGCCCAAGAUGGACCUGCCAGUGAUGGGAGGGAAGAAACAACCGCCUCGGACCCCUAAUCUCAAACCCCGUGACUUGAAUGUGCUCAUACCCACCAGUUUCUAG